AUGUCUUCUAUUGCCAUUACUUCAGCAGAGACGCUUGCUUCUCCUCCUCCUGCUCUCCAGGGUGAGGCUGAGCAAGAGGCUAUCGAACUCUCAUGCGUUAUCCGCCAACAGCCCGUCUCUGUGACUCUCGACGGCACAACCAUAUUCCUGUCUUCCCUCGUUGUCGUUCUGCUUAUUCACUUCCUUGACGCAUACCACGCCGAGGUUCUUGUUGCUCUUCUCCCUGUAGUGUUGCUCGUCCACAACGACUUCCAAAACUUCCUCAACCUAGGCCCUGGUGGCACACCCUCAACAUUUGGCGGCUACCUGCGUAUAACAUGGUUCCGUCUCUGGGCUCUCAGAAACCCAUUUGCCGCACCGGAGCCUGAUCCUAUGUGUCUCCCAACGUCAGGCAUUCUCCGUCGCCAACGUCUCCCAUACCGCGCAGGACCCAGGCCAGUCGUUGCAGGCAUCGCGCCUCAAAGGCAGCUAGACCAGCACGGCUCUCAAGAAUCUUAUCGCGCUCUUCGCUGGUCCAUGGCAAAGCUGGCAAAUCGCAACCCCAAGAAGUUUGGCACCGAAAAAUCCUGCGUUGAGAAGCAUGGCCUAGCAUUGUUUGCCAGACACCCGGUACAGACCAAUUGCCAAGGCGAGAUCUGCCAUGUCCACGAUUCAGACCACUCCUUGCACAUGAGUCUGCACCCCGAAGAUAUCAAAGAGGUUCUGCAAAAAGGUUGGGGUCAAAGACACCCUCUGGCGUGGAGAAGUCGAUUCCUGAAGAGCCCAGUCUCUCCAGACUUUGUCAUGGUUUAUGCCCCCAGAGAUGACGAAGAACUGCAGGUGAUCUGCACUAUCAUUGAGGCUGCUAUAUGGUACACUGUCGCUGAGGAACUCGAAAUGGGUAUCUGCCCUAAACCCAUGUAA